AUGCUAUACGUAAGCGCUGGAGAAGACGGGGCACACGGCACUUGGAUUGGGCAUCUGGAAACCACAAGGCCUUAUGUUGACGAGGAAAAAUGGCCAACGAUGCCAAGACCCAAAAGCCCCCGGGCCACACUGCACCCAUUAAAAGAAGUAUUGAAGCAUGCUCACCAAACGACAAAAUCAGAAAGAACAAGAAUAGAGAGGCUUAAAGCAGCAGUUUUAGCUGAACGGUGCUCCGCGGAAGAAAGCGCCUACAGUCUUCCACCCCGGAAUCGUCCACGAAAAGAUAAACUACGGUGUCGCUCCUAG